AUGCCUUCUACCCCCUCGACAUCCGCAGACGCAGAGACAAACCCCCCACCGUUUCAGCCCAUCAAUACUGUAGACCUUGUAUCCGUUGAAGACAGCAAGAUUAUCAGCGUUAGCGUGUAUGCAGGCCGUGCUGAAAUUACGCGUCUUUUCAAGUUCAAUGUGAAGACCGGCCAUAACCAGCUUAACAUUGUUGGUCUUCCAAGCGUCUUGGACCAGGACUCGCUGAGAGUGGAAGGACGUGGGGCUGCUACCAUACAUGACGUCUCAAUUUCCACUAUUAAACCUCCCCCAACCCCGACAACCUCCCCACUCCUCACAGACCUGUUGUCCAAGGAAAAAAAGACCCAAAAAGCCCUUGCCCGAGCUCUCAAAUCACUGUCAUCUGUCGAAACAUAUAUUUCGUCCGUGCGCGUCGAGGAUUUAGACGUGUCGAAUCUCCGAAAUGUUGUCCAGCAGUAUGACGCGACCGCAGGGGAAUUGGAUGAUCGUGUAACCGAGCUCGAGGAUGAGUUGAAGAAGAUUGAUGAGGAGCUGAAGAAAGAACGUCAAAGACUGGCGGGGCCCACGGGAAACGACAAACUGAACCUCAAGGCCACAAUAGGCGUGUUCGCGGAUUUUGAAGGAGAAAUCAAGAUUGCACUCAUAUACGCUGUCCACCGCGCGAGUUGGAAUGCUGCCUAUGAUAUUCGGGUCGAUAUGCAAACAAAGGAGAAACCUAUCACACUCAUUUAUAAAGCUUCCAUUGUGCAGAAUACCGGGGAAGAUUGGGUGGACGUGCCGCUUACCCUCGAGACAGCUUCACCGACCUUUGGUGUUGAUGUUCCCACUCUUGAACCGUGGACUUUAUCCGUGCAAAGGUUUUAUGCGAAGAAAUCAAAAUCGUUUGCUAUGCGUGGUGGUGGUGGAUUCCUUGACGCCCCCCCUCCACCUAGGCCUAUGGUGAUGCGGUCUAUGGCUGUAGGUAGCGCUGCCCCAACGGACCAGAUGAGUAUGUAUAGUGAGGCGCCUGUGCCGGAGAUUGAACACCGCGGAUUACAAGUCUCCUCAAAAGGAGGCGUGAGCGCUACUUUUGGUGUUCCUGGAUUAAUCACAAUUCCUAGCGAUGACGUUGGACACAAUGUUACCAUUGUCAAGUUGGCGCUCGAUGCGGAUAUGAGUUGGGUGUGCGUUCCCAAGAAAGAUAAUCGCGUUCAUCUAAAGGCAAAGAUUAAGAACGCCUCGGAGUACACACUGCUGGCAGGUAGUGCAAGCGUGUAUGUUGAUGGGAGCUUCAUAUCGAAAUCAGAUGUCCCUCUCGUCAGCCCAGAAGAGAAAUUUGAAUGCCCUCUAGGCCUCGACCCAUCGAUUCGCGUUACGUACCACCCACGGACGAAAAAGGUUUCACAAUCAGGGUUCUACACCAAAUCGUCGAACCAUACCUUCACACAACGUAUCACUGUACACAACACGAAGGCGAGCGCAUCGGGUAUCGGGUCUGGGAACCUUAACAUUAAAGUCAUCGACCAAGUCCCCAUUUCCGAAGACUCGGUGAUCACUGUCAAGCUGGUGCAACCUGCUUUAGUUGUACCUGUCGCUGACGGUACCUCUGCAAGUGCUACCAGCAAAGGUGAACUUAAGCUACCGUCCCCCAUUAAGGUGGCCUCGGGCGUUGUCGCGAUGUGGGAUGGUGCAGAUGAGGUGGAGCAAGGUGGGGAGAGUGUGGACAUCGAAUCGUUGGGCAAGGAAGGUAGAUUCUGCUGGGUUUGUUCAGUCCCUCCGCUGGCAAAGAUCGGCUUGACGCUACAGUGGGAGGUUGCGGCUCCAGCAAACACCAACAUAUACGGUCUUUGA